AUGGAUGCUAUGACCCUUGUACAACAUUAUGGAAAGCUAGAUAUCUUCCUUACAAUGACCUGCAAUCCAUCUUGGCCUGAAAUAAAGAACCAUUUGCUUGACACAGAUGAAGCUCAGAAUCGGCCUGAUUUGAUAACACGGAUAUUUCGUGCAAAAAUAGAGCAAUUGAAAGAAGAUCUUUUCAAGAAACAUCUUUUUGGUCAUGUUGCUGCUUACACUUAUGUUAUCGAAUUCCAAAAAAGAGGUUUCCUACAUGCUCAUUUUCUGAUCAUCUUAAAGGAACAAUCAAAGAUGUUCUCGCCAGAAGAAUACGACAAAAUUGUUUGUGCAGAGCUUCCUGAUAGACACAAGGCACCAUACUUAUAUUCUUUGGUUAUAAAGCACAUGCUUCAUGGACCAUGUGGAUCAAUGAAUCCAAGUAAUCCUUGUAUGAAACAGAAUCACAAGUGCAAAAAUAACUAUCCGAAAGAUUUUUCAGAGUACACAAAGCAUGAAAAAAAUUCAUAUCCUAUAUACAGAAGACGGGAUGAUGGCAGCAAGAUCUAUAUCAAAGAACAUGAGUUAGAUAAUCGAUGGAUUGUCCCUUACAAUCCAUAUCUUCUUGCAAAAUAUGACUGUCACAUCAAUGUUGAAAUAUAUUCUGCCAUCGAAGCUGUAAAGUACAUCUACAAAUAUAUAUACAAGGGCCAUGAUAGGGUGAUGUACCAGUUGACAGCUGAGCAAGCAAAUCAAAUCAUUGAUGAGAUAAAAAAUUUUCAAUCCACAAGAUGGGUAUGUGCACCUGAACCUAUCUGGAGGAUAUAUGCUUUUGAUCUCAGUGUUAUCAAUCCAUCGGUUAUUUUGCUUCAUUUACAUCUUGAAAACUACCAAUCAAUGUACUUUGACGAGAAUCGUCCAUUGACAGAUAUAAUUACAGACGACAGGCUUUCACGAACAAUGCUAACAGAAUUCUUUGCAAUGAAUCGGACAAAUGAACAUGCAGAAAGCCUUAAUCUUCUGUACAAAGAGUUCCCUCAGCAUUUUGUCUGGGAUGCAGAUGAUAGAAUAUGGUACACUAGAAAGAAAGGACAGGUCAUUGGGCGUGUUAUAACAGCACAUCCGAUUGAAGGAGAGAGGUAUUAUCUCAGAAUAUUGCUCAUGCAUGUUCGAAAACCCACAUCUUUUGAUGACCUGAAAACAGUUAACGGUUAUCUAGCUUCUUCAUUUAAAGAAGCUGCAGAAUUGUGA